UAACCUCCAAUUUUUUUGUCUUUGUCAACACCCACCCGUCAAACUUUUCACUGUGAAACCCGCAAUUAUGUACAUAUUUAUUUUUCAUAAUUAAACUAUAUGUUUGUGUUAAAUUUGUUUUCUAUGUUUUUUGUCGUCGAUAAAAUCCAUCAAACGUGGCGACGUCCCACUUAAAAAAAUCAAACGAAAAUCUGACGAACGAAUAGGAGCAAAAAUGACAGAAAUGAAUUGGAUCGCGUGCCCGGUAGAACACAAAAUCACACGUCCUGCUUGCAGUGAAGAGGUUUUUGAACACCCCCUUAAACCUGUUACCAUAACCCUUGUGGAUGGGCGCAGUGGAGUUAGAAGAAGUACGUUACGCAGUACGAGCACUGGAUCAUCCACAGGAACUCCAACGCCUACCCAUGCACCCAUUCCCAUUGGAAAUCCUCUCUGCGAUCCUCUCUCAGGUCACUCUGCUCUUGAUGGCUCUGAUCCACUCACACAAUUUGCAAGAGAAGAAUUGGAUCCUCUUUCAAGAAUGGCUGCAGACGAGUGGGAUUAUUCUUCAAACAUCUCGGCGGUUGGAAAAAAAAACAAAGACACAGCGGAAGAAUUGGUGGAGCCUUGGUCUGCUAGAAGAACAAUGAUCCUUAACAAAUACACGACUUUGGAAAAACUGUCCAUUGUCACAAGUUUUCUGUCAGGAGGAGAGAAAGUGGUAGUGAAAGUACAACCUACGGGAACCUUAGUCGACAAAGUUCGAACGAGACUGGAGCAAUUGGACGAUUUUGAGGAAGGUUCGGUGAGGCAAAUGUUGGAUUUAUCACAACAGGAAUACGCGUCCCGUAUCGAGCAAUUGAACAGUGAGCUUGUACAAGCAUGGCAUUCGGAUCAACGUGUGAAAGCACUGAAAAUAGCAAUACAGUGUGCCAAAUUAUUGGUCGAUACGUCGGUGAUUGUUUUUUAUCCGAGUAAAUUUGUUCUCAUAACGGAUAUUCUCGAUAUUUUUGGUAAACUGGUUUACGAGAGGCUCAAAAUGAAAGCGGAUUAUUGCAAGCCUGGAACCAAAGUAUUGCGAACAUUGCCAGAUAAUUUUACGCCCGACAUGGUACCAGAAAACGCUAAGGAAACUUGUCGGAAUUGGUUUUACAAAAUAGCCUCAAUACGAGAACUCGUGCCACGGCUUUACGUUGAAAUGGCGAUAAUAAAGUCUUACAGUUUUCUAACAAAUGACGAAUUCGCGACUGCACUUUUGCGAAUAACCAGGAUGAUACGAGGGAUUGGGAAUCCUCUGAUUGCCGUUUACGCGAGAUGUUAUUUAUGCCGAGUCGGACUCGCACUCAACAAAACCUCCGAUUUUGAAUUCGUACGUGAAAACUUUUACGACUUUCUUGCCACGUAUCGACAAUUGUUCGGGACCGGAGUCAAAGCUGAAUUGUCCAAACAAGCCACCAACUUACAUUCCUAUCUCAAUCUUUAUACACCGGCCCUCGAUUGGAUUCUCCAAGUUAUGGCUCGUACCGCUUCGGAAAAUAUUCUCGUCGAAGUUUUAUCCAGAUGCAAACAGCAAUCGCAAAGUGGACUCUUGCUCAACGCCAUUCUCGUUGCUUUCAAACCGGCUUAUAUCGCUACGCGAUCUAUGGAAUUUGUCAAUUUCAUUGCCCAAUGUGACGAUGUGGAUGGUUUCCCGCAGUAUCUUCUGUACCGGAGUUUGGGCGAGUGUCUCAUUCAAGAAUCGCCACCGAAAGACGAUUGUCAAUCGGUAUUGACAGUUGUGUGGAAUUACAUUAAAGGUCUGAAAGACCCCAGUAAAUUUAUGCACUGCACUGAAAUAUGGAUACAAUUCACCGUGAUACAUUUCACCGUGAAAGAGCUGAAUUUGUUCCUCGGUGAGAUAAUAAACAAAUUAAGCCCGAACAGAUCUUUCGAGCAAUAUUACUCGCAGCUUCAGGGUAUCGUCGAAAAAAUUGUGUCUCAUACUCAAGACUUUGAGUCGCUUCUCACAAUGGAAAACUUUUUGCCUCUCAUCGAUAUGUUUCACAAGGAAAGCGUAAAAGUUGAAGUUUGCAAAAGCAUAAUCGAGGGUUUUAGUGCUCAGAGCAGUCCAAUCACAGAUCCGAUAAUUAUAAACGCGCUGAUGUUCAUUGCCAGAAUAAUCCACGAUUCAGUCAGUGCCCUAACCGUUGACGACGAAAAACGUCAAAUAGGAAACCUAAUAUGUGGUCUAGUUCAGCGUGUCGAUUACGGUCGUGAUUUUGAGAAACAAUUAAAUUUUUACGCCGAAGCAAGAGCAGCGUUCCCGAAUCUCGAUUCGGUUCACGUUGUGCUUGUACAGUGCGUCAAUAGACAAGCUGUAGAUACGAGAAAAAUCGUACGUGGACAUCAUACAAGAAGAACAUCAGCUUUUGUCAGAGCUUGCGCAGCUUUUUGCUUCAUCACAAUUCCCUCGUUGACGCUCGUCCAAACGAGGCUCCAAUUGUAUUUGCUUUCGGGUCAAGUUGCUUUGCUCAAUCAAUGUCUUGGACAAGCCGAUGCUUGUUUCAAAGCAGCUCUUAGCCUCGUUCCUGAAAUGCCAAAAACCAUCGAGGUCGAUGGUAGACCAAAAAAUUCGGAACCCUAUUUACUGUCGUAUUUGUCCAAUUUUUUGUCCACUCUUCUCGUCGUCCCAGACAGUCCUGAACACGGUGUUUUAUAUUUAAUGAGAGGUCUGCUGAACGCGGUUCAACGUUGCUUCGAUGAAAACAGUUCUACAAAGCCUUAUCUUUAUCUCAGAGUUCUUGAUCUUCUGUCGACCAUCACGCAAGAAAAUUAUCCUUAUCACGUCGACAAAGUCGACUCGAACGACAAAUUGUAUGGAAGCGACCGUAAGUUCAUUGGGGAAGUAAACAAAAUUUGUACAAAAGUACUUGAGGAGAUAUUCAAUCACCUUAAAUAUCUUGGAACGAGUGACCAAUUGGAAAAGCAGUCGACACUCGCCCUCGAACUUUUUAGUCGUUUGGUAAUGCGAGCAGAUCUUCGACGACCAGGAUUGGCAAGCAUGGCUGUGAGUUUGUGGAGUCUAUCGCAGAAAUACGGUUCGGCUGAUCCAAAAUUGCGAGUCCGAACAAUCGAGUACGUAAGGCGCAAAAGUCGAUUGCCUCAGUACCAACAUUUAACGGAAAUAAUGCUCAAAAUGACGGGAUAAAUGUCUCGAGUUUGAUAGUGUAAAAAAUUGUAAUAUAGAGAAAAAACAAAUUAAAAUAAUAAAUAAUUGAAAAUGA